CCGACAUCAGCACAGGUGGAGCUGCCGCGUGAUCACGUGCUUUCGUUUCGCUGCCGAAAUCGAUCGCAUCAUUCCGCCACCAACCGAUCUUAGUCCGACGCGUUACUCGAAAGAGGAUGAUCUUCAAAAAGCCAGUGCAGUAUGCCUCUGACCGUUAACCUGGUCAGUGACGACUCUGGGUCGGAUCAAGAAGGCGAUCCAACGCCGGCCGUCAGUUCAAGCACGGCCGCUGCCCCGCCCGCCGCUUCCUCGACCUUGCUCGGUAAGCGAAAGCACGAUAAUGCACCGCCCAUUGUCGAGGAGAUAGUCUGGCCGCCCGACUCGGACGAGGAAAGGGAAAAAGAGAAAGAGCGACUCAAAGCGCUCGGGAAAAAGCGCCGCAGGGGUAGACCAAAGGCCGGAGCAAGAGGCGGCGGCGGCGAAGGCAGCAGCAAGCAGAGCAGCAAGCAGCACAAUCCCAACUCGCUGACCCGCGGCAUUAACGAGGUCGGAGAGGCCAGCGAGCCAGAAGACUAUCAACAUUCCAACGUGCCGGAUUAUCUCUGUGAACGCAAGAGGAAGUUCGACCAGGGCCGGUUGAGGUUGCGCGAGGCUGGCCUCCGUCUUCCGCCCGACUACACCGACAUCACAUUUAGCGAUGACGACCUUGACGCUUCGAGCACAGAGAAGCGGCCAUGGUUCGGCGACAGCGUCAAGCCGUCCAGGGCAAACGAGGACGUGCAGAUGGAGUACUCGGCGGGCAUCAUUCCCGCUUCUAUCGCACGAUAUCUGCGAGACUACCAGGUCACGGGAGCCAAGUACCUACACCAGAUGUUUGUGUACCAGUUGGGAGGCAUGCUGGGCGAUGACAUGGGCUUGGGGAAGACGGUGCAGGUCGCCGCCUUCCUUGCCGCCGCGUUUGGCAAGACGGGCGACGUACGCGACAAGAGGCGCCUCCGCAAGAUGCGAGCGGUCGGCCGUUGGUACCCAAAGGUGCUGAUCGUGUGCCCUGGAUCUCUGCUCGAAAACUGGAAACAGGAGCUGAGCCGCUGGGGCUGGUGGAAUAUUAGCGUCUAUCAUGGCAAGGAAAAGGACGACAUUCUGCAGACGGCCAAGUCUGGCUUUUUGGAGAUCAUGUUGACCACGUACCAGACUUACACGAGACAUCAAGAAUAUGUCAACAUGGUCGAGUGGGAUGCUGUGGUGGCCGACGAGUGUCACAGCCUCAAGGACCGGAGAUCUUCGACGACCAAGGCCAUGAACGCCAUUAAUGCCUUGUGCCGCAUCGGCCUGACGGGUACCGCAAUCCAGAACAGGUACGAAGAGCUCUGGACGCUGCUGAACUGGACCAACCCUGGCCGAUUCGGCACCUUUGCGGAAUGGAGGACAACCAUCUGUAGGCCCUUGGCCCUGGGCCAAUCGCACAACGCAACCAUACACGAGCUGAGCGUGGCCAGGAAGACAGCCAAGAGGCUUGUGCACAACCUGCUUCCUGACUACUUCCUCCGUCGUAUGAAGUCGCUGAUCGCCGACCAGCUGCCCAAGAAGACCGACAAGGUCGUCUUCUGCCCCAUGACGGACCUCCAGAAGCAGGCAUACAGCAACUUCAUCAAGAGUGAACAGGUCGUCCUCAUCCAGGGGGCCAACGAUCCCUGCUCGUGCGGCUCAGGAAAGACGAAUGGUCGCUGCUGUCACGUCGGUCUCGACGACGGCAGAACCUGGUACUCCCUCGUCUUUCCUUCCAUAAUAACGCUCCAGAAGCUGGCGAGCCACCUCACGCUGCUGAUCCCGCCGUCAGGCGAGCAGGGGACCAAGCUGGAGAAUGCCAUGGACACCCUCCGGACUUGUCUGCCUGACCGCUGCGAUGAGCUCUACAGGACGCGCGACUCACCUAUGACACUAUCAAAUCCAGAAUUCUGCGGCAAGUGGAAGGUUCUCAAUAAGCUCUUGGGGUUCUGGCACCACAACGGAGACAAGGUCUUGGUAUUCUCCCAUAGCGUCCGCCUGCUGAAAAUCCUGCGCAGUCUCUUCAACAGGACUGCCUAUAGCGUUUCGUACCUGGACGGGUCGCUCGGGUACGAGGAGCGGCAACAAGCCGUGGACGACUUCAACUCGGACCCCAACGCAUUUGUCUUCCUCAUCUCGACCAAGGCCGGCGGCGUGGGCCUUAACAUCACAUCGGCCAACAAGGUCGUCAUCUUUGAUCCCCACUGGAACCCAGCGUACGACCUGCAGGCACAGGACCGGGCCUACCGCAUCGGCCAGUCCCGCGACGUGGACGUGUUUCGGCUGAUAUCGGCGGGCACCAUCGAGGAGAUUGUGUACGCGCGCCAGAUCUACAAGCAGCAGCAGGCCAACAUCGGCUACAACGCCUCCACCGAGCGCCGAUACUUCAAAGGAGUCCAGCAGGACAAGGAGCGCAAGGGGGAGCUAUUCGGCCUCCAGAACAUCUUCUCGUUCCGCGCCGACGAGGUCGUGCUCCGCGAGAUUGUGAACAAGACAAACAUUGCCGAAGCCAAGGUCGGUGUGUUUCUGCAGGACAUUGACGUUGACGAGGCGAUCAGGGACCAGGAAGAGAGUGGAAUCGUGGUGAAGAAGGAGUCUGGCACAGCUGAUGACGACGAGGGUGGUGCCGGCCAGCUCGCCAAGUUCCUCACGGCGGAAAGCAAGGUGAAGAAGGAGGACGCCGCCCUCGCCCAAAGCGAGGCGGUCAGGAAAGGCAAGAGUGACGCAGUCCAGGCUAUCCUAGCGUCGGCGGGGGUGCAGUAUACACACGAGAACUCCGAGGUCAUUGGGUCCAGCAAGGUCGAAGCGCAGCUGUCGCGGCAGGCCGAGUUGGCCGCUGACGACCCGGGGGGCCACCGGGCGCUAUUUUUCGAUAGCCAGGACAUCGAGGCCGAACAGGACCCGGAUCAGGUCUACUCGGAAGACGAAGGGCCGACGGUAAAGCGCGAGGACGACCGCGGCAACGUGGACGUCAAGGGCAAAGGGAAGGCCACGACGCCGCUCAGCCGCCACCGCUCGAGGCUCCGGCUCCGCUACAACCCGCCGCAGGACGUCAUGGUGCGGCAGUUCUGCACAAUGGCACGCGACUUUGGCUUUGCGAGCGCGACCGAGUUCGCGCUCGUGGUCGAGGGCUGGACACAGGAGCAGCGGCGGAACUGCCUGGAUACCUUCUACAAGCAGAGGGAGGCCAAGCUGCUGAGCCAGGCCGACGCCGCAGGGAAGAAGCCAAAAGGGGAGGAGGGUGACGUUGCCGGCGAGGUCAAGCCCGAAGCGAAGGAUGAGCGCAGCGCCGGCGGGGCAAACUCGCCGGCGGGCAUCUACAUCAAGCCCGAGCCUGACGGUGAGUCGCCAGGCGCUGUUGGAAAGGGCCCGCCCAGUGAAUGUGCCGGCGCUAUGGGCAUCCGGACGGAGGUUAAAGACGAGCCGUUGGAUGGUCCGAAAUCCGCCGCCAAUCCGAGAGGGAUGAUAUCAGGUCUCGACGGAGACGAGACGCAAGGCGACGAUGACGACAUGCUGGACGGUGAGACGGAAGGGGAGGAGUCGGACCACGCUUUGGUUAAGGGCAAGGAGGCAGCCCCGACGGCAAGACCCCGGCUCCAAAAGACGUCGUCUGUUUUCAUAAUGGACGAUUCGGAGGACGACGAGCUGUGAGCUGCGGCAGCGGCGCGCACUGAGAGAGGACGGAAUGAUACCCCUGGCGUUUGUGUGGUUAUCUGCGUGAUUAUUGCAUCGCCCCUUGUAUUACAUUGGGCAAGAUCCAUAACUAGACCGAAAUGCAGCCAUGUUGUCUAUUAUUAUCUCG